AUGGCCGCCAGCGAGAAACGUCCCGAAAUCAUCCAACUGUCCCGCGGCCUGAACGGUGCGCCGUUCUGCGAACAAUAUGACUGCAUGAUUUCCGGCAUGAUGUACAACCCCAACACACCCAAAUUGGUUGAGGCCCGCCAUCAUUGCCGCGGCCUAACAGCCGACUACAACGACCUCGACACGAAGACCAUCUCAUACGACCAGGUCUUCGACAAGCGCCUCGAGCUGCUCCGCAAACUCGUUGGCAAGGUCGGAGACGGCACCUUCAUCGAACCUCCUUUUAGACCUGAUUACGGAUGUAACAUGAUUAUCGGCAGUAGCUGCUUUAUUAACUGGGGCCUCACGGUUCUCGACACCAGCCUCGUCGUCCUCGGCGACCGCGUGCAAAUCGGUACGAACGUGGGAAUCUUCACCGCGGGCCACGACACCAGUGUUCUCUCGCGUCUGAAGUUCGUGGAAUUCGGCCACCCGGUCUUCAUUGAAGACGAUUGCUGGAUUGGUGGAAAUGUAGUGAUUCUCCCUGGCGUGCGGAUUGGAAAGGGAUCGACAAUCGGAGCUGGCUCGAUUGUGACGAAGGAUAUCCCUCCGUAUUCGGUGGCGAUCGGUGCCCCUUGCCGGGUGAGGAAGACGAUUCAGUCGGUGGAAGAGGAGGAGAGGGAUCCGAAUAACCCGUAUCGCGCGCUGGUGCGGGAAGAUAGGUAA